AGGAUAUUUCGGGGUGGAAUAGGAGCUUGAGACAGGGUGCUGCAGACCCCUCUAUCUUAUAUAGAGUGAGAGAUCUCAAGAACUAAGUAAGUAUGGGUAACUCAGAGUCCAAAGAGAGACGAUUGUUCAUUGAUAUUAUUGUUCAUAUGCUUAGACAAAGAGGAAUAAAGGUAAGUGGAUCACAAAUUUCUAGAUUUUUGCAUUUCGUGCAAGAACAAUGUCCUUGGUUUCCAGAAGAGGGAACUGUAAAUGUGGAAACCUGGGAAAAGGUAGGGCAGCAAUUAAAAACUUAUUAUACUUUACAUGGGCCAGAGAAGGUUCCUGUAGAUACUUUUUCUCUCUGGAAUUUGGUUAGAGAUGCCUUAGAUCCUGUACAUGAGAGUACCAGGUUGGAUACUAAAGUUGCAACCUCCUAUGGGACCAUGCCCUCGAGUUCGAAGGCAGUUAUGGCCAUGGAAGCCCAAGAAGAUUCAGAUCAAGAAGGGAAUGAUAUUGAUUUAGCUGAUGAAGAGAUUAAAUAUGAAAUGGAGAAGCAAGGGGAAGAUUAUCCCCCUCUAGAAAAAUUGACCCUUAAGUCAUCUUCAAGAAAUAAUGUCCCUCCUGGAGAUUUUAUAAUUAAUGAUCACCCUAGACCUCCAGGGAAAUUGCCUAAUAAAAGCUGUGUCUCCUUAAUGCAAAAAACUAAGCUACAAGCUAUUGAAGCAGGAGACAUAGACUUCUCAUUGUGUUUUCCGGUAACAUAUGGCCCACAGAAGGAGUCUGAUCCGAGGGCUGGGGAUCCUCAAUGGACUCCUGUUCCCUACAAACUCAUAAAAGAGCUAAAAAUGGCAUGUUCAGCUUAUGGAGUCAGUGCUCCUUAUACCUUAGCAUUAGUGGAUUCUCUUACAGACUAUUGGAUGACUCCUUUUGAUUGGACUCAGAUAGCUAAGAGUUGUCUUUCUGGUGGUCAAUACUUGUUAUGGAAAGCAGAAUAGAAAGAGCAAAUCAAACUUUAAAAACAUUUAUAUCUAGAUUGCAAGCCUCUGACUUCAAGUAUAACUCUCCUCACCACAUUCUUACUCAUGCUCUAUUUGUUCUUAAUUAUGUUAAUCUAGGACAUGAUGAUCUUAAUAAUAUGCAACGACACUGGGAACCAAGAAAUACUGUCAAACCUACAGUAAUGUGGAAAGACCUUUUAUCUGGUAAAUGGCAAGGCCCCGAUGUCUUGCUCACCUCCGGUCGGGGAUAUGCAUGUGUUUUUCCUAAGGAGGCUGAUUCUCCAAUUUGGUUACCAGAUAGGCAUAUUAAAUAUGUAAAUUCCUUUCCCAGUAAAGUACCUGUAACCACUAGAAAUGAACAAGAGCAGGAAACGGCGCAAUUGUGACGAACCCCCUGUUGCAGAAUUUAAAAGGCUCUCACUGGAGGAACCUGAUCCUUUUCGCCUCAAGACAGCGGCCACCUUGGCUGCUCCCCCUCCAACAUGGGGACAGCUUAAGAAGUUGGCUGCUCAAGCUGAACACUUGGUCUUAAGCCAAGGCCGCACACUCAGUCCUUCUGUUUUGUUCGUUGCUAUGCUAUCAAUCCUCGCGUGUCAAGUAUAAUUUUUGACCAUCCACCACCAUCUAAAUUUGAAUCAUCAUCUACGAGAGGUAAGCAAAGUCAAUCGGAAGAGAGGCAUUUACAAAUGGUUCGCCUUAUAGCACCGGGGAUUGAAGCAACUCCGGUAAGAAAGUGGCCUUUCGAUAAUUACUCUCCUUUUUACCUACCUCACCCUCUUGGCCUACCAGACUGCUCUCAAAAGUUUUUUAGACUUAUGCCUAGUGCUCCUUAUUGGGUUUCUUGUUAUUUUAAUUCUACUCGGCCACAAAUUCUGCAAGCCAUGGACGGGAUUACACGCAUUUUUGAUUGGACUAGUCCUGAUCCUUUUGCAGAUUAUAAGCCUUAUUUUAGAAACAAGACAAAUUACAAAGGGUGGGAUCAAACUCUUCUACCCGAUCCAAUAAAUGUAAAUAGAAUUUCUACUUCCGGCUGGGUAGCUCCAGUUUUAACUGCAGUAGUGAAAGGACAAACUUACCUCCAUAAAUAUCUUUGGCAGGCUACGGCCGCUUCACAUCCAAUAACUGCAAGUUAUUUUUCUAAUAAUCAGACUACCUUUGCGAAUUAUUCAGUGACUACUUGUGUGCAGACGCCUUAUGCUUUGCUUGUGUCUCCAACGGCGUACUCCUUAAGCUUUAUAAUGGACCCAAAAACAAAACUUAUAACUACUUCCUGUAAAGAGUGUAUUUUAACUAACUGUAUGCGCCCCGAACUGAAAGCGAAAGCGUUUGUUUUGCUUCGGCAGCCACCUUACAUUAUGGUUCCUGUUAAUGUUACAGACAGUUGGCACGAAAAUUCGGGUUUAGAGGCUCUCCAAAAAUUAGAUUCACUGAUGCGUCCCAAAAGAUUUAUUGCAGCAUUGAUUUUAGGCAUUACAGCGCUUAUUACUAUUGUAACAUCGCUGACAGUUUCGACCAUCGCCCUCGCACAGGAAGUUCAUACAGCACACUUUACUAAUGAACUUUCGAAAAACGUAACUACAGCACUUACCACCCAAGAAAUUAUUGACCGAAAAUUGGAUGACAAAGUAAAUGUUCUUGAAGAAGCGGUAAUGGCUAUUGGACAAGAAAUAUUAACUUUAAAAAUUCAAUUGUCUUUGCGAUGUCAUUCUGAUUAUAAAUGGAUCUGCGUAACACCCUUACGUGUAAAUGAAUCGGAGCAUAAUUGGGAAAGAGUGCAGAGUCAUAUUCUAGGAGUCUGGAAUCAUUCUGAUCUGGGCAUAGAUUUAAGUAAGUUACAUAAACAAAUUUCAGAUAUCAAUCAUGCCUCAGAGGAAUUCUCCCCUGAAGGCAUAGCACAAUCUCUAUAUGAUAAUUUUUCUUCAUGGGUAUCUGGAUCCUCACUGACCACUUUGUUGAUUAAUGUCGGUGUGGCUCUCUUAGUGUUAUUAAUAUGUCUCCUCUUAAUUCCAGUCUUCUUCAAAGUCCUCGCCCGAAGUCUCCAAAAGCUAACUGCUGAAGUUCAACUGCUUGCUUUAAAAAAUAAAAAAGGGGGAAAUGAAGGAACCAGCCGAAUGAAGUCUCAUUCUGCGCUGCCAUGAGGACAAAGGUCCUCUCUCGAUCAGCCGAAUGAAGUCUCAUUCUGCGCUGCCAUGAGGACAAAGGUCCUCUCUCGGGAAUCACUGCAAGGCAGUGACCCGUCGCCAAACCGCCUGCUGCUAGUUUUGCUUUUACUCUCUAUUCUCCUUUUCACCUAUGGGGAAGCCUGGAAACUGGAGACAUAUGUAAAAUAUUUACUAGAUCCUAAUGAUAGGAUGUGUAUGUGGAGUGAUUGGGGCCCUUAUACUAAUUAUGGGAUGAGGGGACUUUGCCAGAGGAAAUUGAUAGGGGGUUUUCAAUCACCUUGUAUUGGGUUCAUUUAUAAUCAGAAAUAUUAUUCUGUAAGUCAUCUUACUAGUACUAGAUAUACUGCAUGGAAAGUUCCUUGGAAAUUAGUCAAAGAUAUGUUUAGAUGUUGCCCCUGGCCAAGAUAUUGCAAUGCAUUGUGUCCUAAGUUUAUGACUAAUCCUAAAGGUUGCCAUUGUGAAGUGUACAAUGGAUUAGAAGACAACUUGUACCCUAAUGUGUAUAAAUAAAUUGUAAAACUCUGACUGCGUCAAUAUGAACACAACAACAUUGUAAAGCUUCUUAAAAAAGUUAUCAUGACCCUAAGAACCUGGUGAACUUUACACAAGAAUUGUAAUAAGAUAAAUGACCCUGUUUGUGACAUUGUUAAAGAUUUCUUUUCAUUGUAUCUACCUUAUGUAAACUGAGGAAAUAACCUUUGAGGAACUUUCUGUGAACUUUGUACCUUCCCCUUUCCCUGAAAAUAAUCAUGUUAGACUAUAUAUGUCGGUACACUCAUGCCUGCCUCAUGCCUAUCAUGUAGAAUUAGUUAUCCCCCACCUGUUAAGACUCCGGUCCCCAAGUGAUAAAUAACUCCUUCGCUACCUGCAAUAAAGGCUGAUGUGCAGAAA